AAAAAAAAAAAAAAAAUGUUUUUAAAGGAGGAUGAUUGCACUUGUGAUGUUUUUGUACCCAACGAGAGGCAAAAGAAGUUCCGAGAAACAGAAGCACGGGGAUACUGGGCCACCAAAGCCGAGUUCAUCCUCACUGUGAUGGGCGGCAUCAUUGGACCGGGCAACGUGUGGAGAUUUCCUUAUUUGUGCUACAAAAACGGCGGAGGUGUCUUCUUCAUUCCUUACGUUUUGUUCAUGGUCACUUGCGGAAUCCCCUUGUUUUUUCUCGAGACCGCAAUGGGACAGUACACCAACCAGGGGGGGAUUACGUGUUGGAAGAAGUUUUGCCCACUUUUUCAAGGCAUCGGCUACGCCAGUCACCUUAUCAUUGCCUUCGGCGCCUCGUCCUACAUUACAAUCAUCGCGUGGGCGUUCUUUUAUUUGUUCUACUCCUUCAGCGUCGACUUGCCAUGGGCCACGUGCGGAAACGACUGGAACACAGACUCAUGCAUGGAGUUCAGGGUUGCAAAUGAGAGCCUCGCUGUGACACACCGGCAGAACACCACUCUGCCUGUUGUAGAGUUCUGGGAGCGCCGAGUGCUGAAGAUCUCUGGUAGUAUUGAUGAGGUGGGGAGCUUGAGGUGGGAGCUUGUCUUGUGUCUCAUCCUGGCAUGGGUCAUCUGCUACUUUUGCAUUUGGAAGGGGAUCAAAUCCACUGGGAAGGCAGCCUACUUCACGGCAACUUUCCCCUUCGCAAUGCUGCUGGUUUUGCUCAUACGUGGUGUGACGCUGCCCGGGGCAAUGGACGGGAUUAUUUAUUACAUCUACCCUGACGUAUCCCGGCUAGCAGAUCCGCAGGUGUGGUUGGAUGCGGGCACGCAGAUCUUCUUCUCUUAUGCAAUCGGCUUCGGGUUCCUGACCUCUCUUGGCAGUUACAAUACCUACAACAACAACUGUUACACGGAUUGUUUCUACCUGUGCUUGCUGAACAGUGGCACCAGCGUUGUGGCAGGCUUUGCCAUUUUCUCCGUCUUGGGAUUUAUGACCUAUGAACAAGGUGUUGAUAUUGCAGAGGUGGCUAAAUCAGGUCCAGGCCUGGCCUUCAUCGUUUACCCACGUGCUGUAGCCAUGAUGCCCAUGCCGCAGGUGUGGGCCGUGUGUUUCUUCCUCAUGAUCAUUCUACUGGGCUUGGAUAGUCAGUUUGUUGGUCUGGAGUGUCUGAUGACGUCGCUGGUCGAUCUUUACCCAGCUUUCCUACGUCAAGGCUACAGACGCGAGCUGGUCCUGCUGGCCAUCUGCAGUAUUUCUUGUUUGCUGGGACUUUCCUUGGUGACUGAGGGAGGGAUGUACCUGCUCCAACUGGUGGAUUUCUACAUUUGCAGCGGGAUGACCUUGCUCCUGCUGUCCAUCUUCCAGUCUGUCAGCAUUGCCUGGAUCUAUGGAGCCGAGCGUUUCUAUGGGAACAUCACAGAUAUGAUUGGUUACCGUCCCUCUCCACUAAUGAAGCUCUGUUGGUGCUAUUUUACUCCGUGUUUAUGUUUUGGCACCUUCGUCUUCUCCAUAGUCAGAUACUCUCCCUUGAAAUUCAGUAGCACUUAUGUUUAUCCACUAUGGGCCAACAUUCUGGGCUGGUUCUUGUCCACCAUCUCCCUCUCCCUCAUCCCUCUCUUUAUGUUCUACAAACUAGCGCAGGGAGAGGGGACCCUUCGUCAGCGAUUUCUCUUGCUGUGCCUUCCUGAAGACGACCUGAAAUGUCUUCCUCCGCUGGAAGACAAUGUCGCCACUCCUCUCACUGAGCCCAAACCUUUGUCCCAUGCUGAGGAAGUCACUAAGUGAGCUACUGUACACAUUCAAUCAAGGGAACGGCAUUAAAGAACAGUGUCAAUUCAGUGCAAUCACAUUGCACUCCUUGGAAAAAAAAAAAAAAAAAAAAAAAAAACUAGACAAGAGGGAAUCAGAAGAACAAAUAGACUUGCACAGUCUAUAUCAAAACACAAUGGUUUCUACCUUGGCCAAUUUCCCACCUCUAUACUAAGUUAAAAUGAGAUUGGUCGGGAGUUGCUGGUCACUAAAUGUCUACUGUCUUAGUGGAGUUAAUGACAAAAUCACAUUGUCUUUUAGUCUACCAAAACUGUCUGAGAGAAUAAAGAGCCCUAAAUAUUAUCCCUGGGGAAUUUUUAAAAAUGUCAUUCGUUGCAUGUGUAUUUUUGCUGGCAAUAACACAAGAAAGUGGCAGAAGUUUUUAGAUUUUUUUUUUUAAAUGCUUCCUCACUAUGUUUUUCUUUACAUUAGAAUGAAGAGUUGUUCAAAAUCAGUCUUUUGAUUUCUCAAAACACACACAAUUCGCCACACAAAUGGGAGAAUGCAGAGGACCAGUACCAGUACCAGUACUCUAAUGGCAUAUCGGCUCCGUCUAGUGGUACGUAAAAGAAUCACUGCCUAAGAGUGUUCAUUUUUUAUAUUUUGAACCCAUUUGUAUUCAAUAUUAGGGAUUGUUUUAAACUGGAUACAGUUUGUAUAAAACAUUUACAUGCAAUAAAUUUCAAUUAAAUUUCAUUAUUUAAAUAGUUUUUUUGUUUUUUCUUUUUUAUUGAAGUGCCAUCUUCGUAUUCAAACUGCAUACUGUUACUCACAUACUUGCAAUAAUGUUAAACACAA